AUGUCCCUCUUGUUCAAGGAACUAAUGAAAACCAGGUGGGAUAGCUCAGACCCCGAGAGGGCACCACCGCCGCUCCCACUCAACCCUCAGUCUCCCGGUGUCUCUAGAGCAGGCACCUCGAGUGCGAUCCAGUCUGCUCAUGCCGCCUUGCAGGAAAAGGCCCGCGAGAGUGCUAACCUGGUACCACACAUCCCCAAGCGCGCCGCCGGUGAGCCUUCUCCAGAGAGGACCGAGAGGCCCCCUCUGCGCAACGCGGCUACGGCUGUGUCACAUCGCCGUCUGAAUUCCCUGCAGAACAGCACUGUCAAGGAUAUUAGUUUGAUGCUUGAGAGUGGUCACGUCCCCAAUACAUCAGCCUCACGAUCACCAGAGAAACACGACUUUAAGCACGACUUCAAGUUCGACAGCAAGCUCGAUACCAGGUUUGACAAGUACGACAAACAGGAAAACACCAAGCACGACAAGCACGAGAGCAAGUACGAGAGCAAAUACGAGAGGCCAUCCACCCCUACGAGGAGUCGCGAGAACCACGUCGAGUUCAAGGACGAAAAGGAAGACCUCCUAAAACCCGCCCCCACCAUGGGUUCACCACGAACGGGUCCCAGUUUGACCCCCGGCGGCAUCCUGCGCCAAACCAACAGCACCAGCGGCAUGCGGCGACCACAUCAGAGCAUUCUUGGCGAGAACACCCCUCCCCAGUCGGCCACCAUGCUCGCCCUCCAGAACAUGAGCAGUGCCAGCCACCUGGGAACGUCGUCGUCGGCCAGGGACUCGGAUCUCCUCGCUAACAUCACUAACGGCUCCAGCGGAUUGACCAAGACGACUGUAACACCCCCAGGCCUCGAGGCCCUGUCGAACCAGCUCAUCACCCUCACCAACAUUGCUUCGGCCCUCCAGCGUGAAAUGUCAGCGCUUAGCAGGCGCAGCAGAGAUAAUGCUACAGACUUGCUCAGCUUGAAAGAGGCCACCAAUCAGCGCGAUGAGGAUAUUCGCAGGAGUUUGCGAGAGUUGAUUACCGAGGCCAAGUCGAGGGCUGCGCAGAGGGAAGCGUACGGGGGUGGUCCACCGUCGCCUACGUCGCUAAAGUCGCGACCGUUUUCCCUGCCGCGAAUACCUUCACCACAUAGCUUUGGGGCGUCGCUUGAUCGAGAGUCUCUAUUGAGCACACCAUCACUCGUGGCCGAUACAUCGUCCAUUGCUCUCCUCGAAAAGAUCCUUCGCGACAUGGGAACCAAAGAGGGCCAGGAAUCGCUUCUCUCGAGGCUUAACGAACUCGCUCGCCAGCUUUCCGGCUUUUCCACGUCUGAAAAGCUAGAGGAGAUCAUCCGUCUCGUCAAAGCCAACCAGCAGCAUGCUCUUGUGCCAGCUACUGGCGGAGGAGGGAAAGGUGGUGGUGGUGGCGGCGGCGGUCGCAACCACACCUGGAGCUUCAGCGAAGACGAAGACGGCCGAAACUCACGCGUAGGCCGACUCCUCGAAGAAUCCGUAAAUUCGCCAGCUCAAACCCCCGGCUCCCGAGCUACCGAUCCCAUGAACGAUGAAAUCCUCUCUGCUCUGCGCACAGUCAAGGACCACCUGGCCCAAGGCGGCAGCCUCACCAGCGACGUCAAGUCUCUCGUCAAGGAAUUGCGCGGCGAAGUCCUCGGCAUGGGCCAAGAAAUCGGUCGCCGACUAAACGAAGUCUCCUCCAAGUCUCCCCAAGCCCUCCCCGUAGACGACUCUACAAAGGAAGCCAUGAACAAGAUUGUCUCGGACGGAUUGGAAGAGAUGCGUCAGAACAUGGUCAACAUCCACCGCAAGAAGGCGCAAGAGACGGUAGCGGCCGCGCCUCGAAUUGAUUCCAUGAUCGACUACAGGGAGAUCUAUAAUAGCAUGCACUCGCAAGCCAACAAGCCGCGCGUGCAGGAGCUUCGCAGGGAGGAUGCGGUGCAAGAUGCCUUUGAAAAGUACAAGCCUGAAAUCGAAAUCCAGCAGAUUGGAUUGGAAAGGCACGAGGUGCUGGACUGUUUGAAGGAGGGGUUGGGAAUGUACCUGCCAAAGGAAACAGCUUCCAAACAGGAGGUGUUCGCUGCUGUGAACGAAGGGUUUAGCAAGUUUGAGACGGCCUCUCGGGACGAUGUGCUUGAGGCUUGCCUGGAUGAGUUUGACUUCCCGCUUUUGAAAGACGACAUUCUGAGCGCGGUCAGGGAUGGUUUGAGCGACUUCCCCAAGCCCCUGAAGCGUCAAGAGGUGAGCCUCAACAAGUUCGACUUCACUGUUGACAUGGCCGAAGCCGUGCAAGAUGGUGUACGGUCCCUGGACCUGCCAAAGGACAUGCAAACCGCCGCCUUGGAAACAUUCGACUUCUCUUCCACCGGCCCAUCAAGUGAAGACAUGAUCGAUGCCGUCCAGGAAGCUUUCGAAACCAUGGACCUUCCCUGCGAUGUCACACGCGCCGUCGUUAAAGCAUUACAAACCCCCGAAUUCGCACAGCAUAUCGCUUCUUACAUCCCCCGUCCCGAUCUGUCGCGUGUCGACCUUGCUGAUGCCAUCCGCGAAGGAUUCGAUGCGCUAGACAUCUCAGGAGACGUCUUCCGCGCCGUCAGAGAAGGUCUCAAGGAACUGGACCUCUCGGAGUUCUCCGGCUCGCAUUCCAAGGCCCUCGUCCGCCACGGCGCCACCCCCCCUUCUAUCUUGAAGCCCGAAACGGAAGAAAUCAUCGAGCGACUCUACGAAAUCCGCGAUUCUUUAAGGGAUGAGUUCCGCGCCUUCUCAGAAAACAGCAAACCCACCUCCCGUGGUGGUGACGCCGAGCGGGCUACGCCUGAUAUUACCAUGGACGGUUUCGAGAAACUAAGGCAUGACAUCGAAGCGUACGUCGACCGCGCCCGCACCGACGGCAACUCCGACGAUUUGAUCCCGCACAUGACUGAAACGUUGGAGAAAUUUAGGGAGGAAGUGGCGGAGUUAGUGAAGAAGGCUUCUCAGAGCACCAACGAUCUGCUAAGGGAGGAACUCGAAUCACUCCGCGACGUCGUCAACGGCACCUUGGUUCCUAUAACGCCACUGGCGCAGCCCGGCAGCAAUGCCGAGAUUCUCGAAGCCAUUGGUGCUAUUCGUAAGGAGAUGAACACCAAUUCUCAGCACGCCGACGGUACUCGGAUCCUUGAUGCUCUGCAGCAGGGACUCGGUGAUUUGAAGAAGAGUAUUGACAAGCUCGCUAACAAAUCUGGUGACCUCUCGGCUAAUGACGAGAUUCUGGAUGCGCUCAAGGAGGGCCUGAAGGGCCUUAGGGCAGGCGGCGGCAAGAAUGGCGAUCAACCUUCGAAGCAGCUUGGUCAUGGUCAUGCUGAGGAGAUUAGAAGUCUCCAUGCUAUGCUGGGGAAGAAGGUAGAUGCUAUGGAGAGCGGCGCUAGCUCGCCAAAGGCUGCGGCAGGUGCGAAGACUGCUACCAAGACUGAGCUAGGCGAGGUCGAAGCCUUGCUAAAGAAAUUGAUCGACUCCCAGCUGGAGAUCAACCUCUCCCCGCUCGAAGAGACCACUUCGGUUGACACCGCGAUUGGGGGUCUGAGGAAGUCCAUUGAUGAGUGGACCAAGGCAAGAUCGUCAUCCACCGCGCCUAAGCAGCCCGAGCCUGACGAACCUACCGAUCCGGCUACGAAGGAGGACGUUCAAGCUAUUGAGACCAUUCUGAGGAAUACCAAGGACAGUUUGGAUGACUUCGUCAGUGCCCAAGGAGAGCAGGGGGAGAAGGCUAGGAAGGAGCAUGUUGAUGCGCUAGAAACGAAGGCCAGUCUUGGUGAUUUGUCAAAGCAAGUGGAGGAGGAUGUUUCCGCUCUCGAGACGCUCAUCACCAAGAUGACCACCGCCUUCGACGAAAGGAAGACCCGCGACGAGAAAGAAGACACUGGAAAGCUCACUAAGGCCGACCUCGAGGCCGUUGAGGCUUCUCUCCUCACAUCAAAACCCGCCACCAAUGAUGCCACCACCGACUCUACAACAGCCACAGCCAGCCACCCCGACAUGGACAGCAACUUCAAGACGUUGACCGAGAAGCUCGAAGCUCAGGCCGAGGCUACUACCAAGGCAAACGGAGACAUCACCGACCGCGUGUCCGAAUUCCAUGAAGUCAUGAAAGCCAAGCUGGCUGAUGGAGCGAAGGGGGUCCUGACUCCCAUGAGCGAGAUUGUCAAGAAGAAUGCGACGCUACAAGGGGAGCUGAUGGAGCUGUGGGGUGGCAUGAAGGAGGGGUUUGAGGAGGGGCGUACUGGUGCCGAGUUGUUGACCAAGAUGGAGGAGCUUCAGAAGGCGCAGGUCGGCGACAUCAAAGAGACCGGUCAAGUGGAGGAGCUCAAGGCUGUGCUGGAGCCUCUCAGCGGUACGGCUGUGGAGAAGAUGGAGGUCAGCUCCAAGACUGUUUUCGAAAGGGUGGAUGAGCUGGCUGAUGAGAAUCAUCUUGAUACCAAGGCUGAGCAUACCCUUACUCGAGAACAGGUGCAGGAGAUGGCUGGCAAGGUGGACGGUUUGCAGUCUCUUCCCAAGGUUGCCGAGAACGUUCAGGAGGUGCUUGCCCUUCAUUUUGAACACUCCAAAACGACAACGGAGGGUCUACAGACCAAGCUUAUUGACGCCAUGCCCACUAAGCUCGAUAAGCUUGUUGGUCACACCGCUCAACUUGCUGUCCUCGAGGAAGUUCAUGAGCAAGUCAAGAAUACCUCCGCCGAGCUUGCUGGAUUUAUCGCCACCCAGACUCAACGCGCCGACGAGAACAAAAAGAAGAUACUGCAAGAGACCUCCAUUGCUCUUGAGCGCCAGCUUGCUGAAAAGGAGCAAAUCGAGGCUCAGGAGGAAGCCCGCGUCAAGGAGAGCAUCAAUGAUCAGUUGAAGUACCAGUUCUUGGAGAACUUGCAACAGGAACAAGCCCAGCUCAAGUCUACGUUCUUGGCCAACUUGGCUGAGGAGGAGCAUCGCCUCAAGACGCUCAAUGAGUCCCUGAGAAAGGAGCACGAGGAGGCUAAGGCAGAAGAGGAGACGAGGCUGAAGGAACUCAAUGCUUCUCUCAGAGAGGAGCAGGAGACCUUGAAGAAGACGUUCACCACUAAUCUUGAAGAGGAACGCGACCGCCUGAUGGAGAUGAACGUCGCCCUCAAAGAAGAGCACGACACCAUGAAGAAGACCUUCGCCGCUAACCUCCGCGAUGAGCGCGACCGUCUGAUCGAGCUCAACUCCGCCCUCAAAGCCGAGCACGAGUCGCUCAAGCGGAGCUUCCUUGCCGACGAAGAAGCCCGCUUGAAGGAGUCCAACAACGCUUUGCGAGAAGAGCAGCAAGAUAAGUUCCUCAAGAACUUGCGCGAGGAGGAGUCUUUGCUCAAAGAAAAAGAACUUAGGAGCUCUUUCCUUGCCGCUUUCAAGGAGGAGGAGAGGCGUCUCAAGGAGAUCAAUGCCAGCCUGCGAGAAGAGCAGGAAGAAAUGAAGGCUAUCUUCCGCGAAGAGCAGGAGAAGUUGAAGGUGGAUUUGCUCGCUAACCUGAUGGAGGAGGAGUGUCGCCUUAAGGAACGCAACGAGGCACUGCGCAAGGAGCAUGAUAAACUCAAGGAACAGGCUGAGCAGCAGGGUAUCAAGCACAACCUUGUCGAGCUGCGCGGGGAGCAAGAGGAGUUGUCCAGACUUACGGCUGAUUUGUCCUCUCUCGACACUGCCCUCCGGCUCAGAAGAGAAGAGCUCCACGAGAUGGAAACCCGCGCCGAGACGCUCGAGCGCCGCAUCCUCGAAGGCGGCAAACGGUUCACCACCGGCGUUGGCCGUGAGUCAAUGAACCGCAAGCGCGUCCCCUCGCAAAUCGUCGUCUCACGACUGGAUGGGGCAAGACAGCCCACGUCGGCGCUGAACAUGGCUGCUAUCAACGCCAAGACCAGAACCCCUAAGAUGGGCUCGGGUGCAUCGUCGGCGCGGAUUCUCUCUCUCACUCUAUCGGGCGGUGGCAUCAAGCGCAGCAAUAGCGCGGCGGUGGCUGCUCAUCAUGGUGAUGCUGGUACUUCUUCUUCGAGACCCAAGGCUGGAGAAAGAAAGGGCAGUUGGGCGACGACGAGUUCGAGGUCUACGGCGAAGGGGUAUGAGGAUAAAGAGCAUGACGAUGAAGAUGAGGAGGGAUAUGAUACCGCUACUCCGCCUGUUGAUGUGCGCUCCGGGUCGGAUGAGGAUAUGGUGCAUUCCUCCUCCCGCUACGGCGGCGACGACCACAACGAAACCGAAACUGAAGCGGACGAAACAGCUACCUUGCGCAGAUCUUCCCAAGGCACGACGGUCAUCACCUCCUCUUCUCGCUCCGGCCGUUCUGCCCGCUCAAACGAAAGCCAAUACAGCCAGGACCAAGAUGACGACGAUAACUACUCCGACUACGAAACAGGCGACGAUAGUGAAGACGACUGGACCGAGAGGGGUAGUGCCGUCUCGGGCAUGACUGGUACCACGGGCACGACGGGAACAAGCCGCACGGGAAGAAGUAGUGUUUCUGGCCCUCCGUCGGUUGCGCCGAGUGCGAGUGUUAUGAGCGUGGCGAGUAGUAAGAUGAGUAGGGCGAGCAAGAUGAGCAAGGAUUCGGCUAUUUCGGGUAUUCCUAGGGCGAAGCCUGGUGCUGGGAGUGGAAGUCCGAAGAAGGGGAAGAAGGCUGCUAAGUAA